AGCACGUUGGCAUCAUGGAGAAUUCGCUUGGGGAUGACCUGGCAGGACUUUGGGCAGACAUAAUGAACGAAGGCGGCGACAGCUCUCCGUCCUCGCAUCACAUUUCCUUCCCGCAUGAGGACCACUUCAUCUCGUCUUUGAUGGACAACGGCGAUGCUACGUCCGCCUCCACUACUUCAUCGUCGACCUCAACAGUGCAUGCGUCGUCCGCACGACUGCCUGCCGCCGCCACAUUUCUAGAACGCGAACGCCAACGCAAGAUGAUGUAUCGACGACGUAUGAAAGACGAGGCUGCGCAUUUGCAAGAGAUGUGUACGCAUCUCGAGUCCCGUCGCGUGCAGUUGAUCCGUCGACGGGAGCGCCGGCUGCAGCAAUCACCCGAGGAAAAGCGCGCCAUCGAACAAUGGGCUCUGACUGUCCAGACUAUGCGAGACCAAAAUGCCGCCACCAUGCAGUACAACGCGACGCUGAGAGAUUCCAUCCGCCAACAGAUUCUCAUGGCCAUGUCGUACCAGCGGACAGUGCGCCAUGCCCUCCAUCACAUGAACCUAUCGCUGGCCAACGACGAGCGAAAGCGCGACAACAUUCAUCGACUGCUCGUGCACCAGCGGGCGCAGCUAGAGCACAUUCGCGUGAAAUGGCUUGGGCAUUUAGAAGGGGAAGACAAGUGCAAUGUUACAUUCAAUGCAGCCCAAACUGACAUUGCCCAUGCCGAGAUCGUGCGGUGCCGCCGAUUUCAAAACACACAGCCAGCCGUUGCCGCGAACCGCAUUUGGCUGCAGCUCACGGGCGACACGACCCACCACUCGACAGCCAAGUUGGCGCCUCGAAUAGCCCAACGACUCGACACGAUCGACCCAGCUACGAUCUACACACGGGUUUACAUGAACGACGACGUGGCUCCGUUUGGUCUGAACGUCGUCCAGCAUCGGCAGGACUUGCUGGAUCGGCAUUUGAUCAUGUAUCGUACUAUGGAGGAUGGCCACACUUGCUUUGAUGACGUGAUCAAGUGGGACGUCGUGUGUUGGCUCGAAGUGACGCAAGAAGACAGCGAUACACUUGUCAAAGAAUAUAUUUCGUACACUCAAGUUGGCCACGACGCCAUCUUGCCUGCCCUCCUCGGAUGUGAUGCCGACAAUGGCCAAGUUGCUGCGAAACAAUCGAAACUGCGUGCGUGGAUGCAGCAAGUGGUGUCGAAAUUGUACUCUGGCUGCAAAGUGCCUUUGGUACCGUCCACGUCGUAGGGUUGUGUGUACCUGCCGAUCUAGUUCAUCAAUUAAACUUUGUGCAGUUGUCUAUAUGCACUUAAUUAUACAAGUCUUGGAUGUUCUUUC